AUGCGUUUGGUAGCAAUACUGAAGUGCAGUGAGAGUUUUCUGCGACGUGUGCGGAUACCUUUUGAAUACGAUGUCAGCAUAGACAGGAUACAAGAUUUCAUUGGUGAAGGAAGACGUCGUCGGGUAUUUUUACCACUAAACCCUUUAUUCACCUUAAAAAAGAUGCGUCACGUUGCUGCUUUACUGUUGUGUGUACUCGGUGGAAACUCCACUCCCUCUGUAGCUGACAUUGAGAAGGUCAUCAAGUCUUUUGGCGGUGAGUUCGACCAGGAACAAGCCGAGAAGCUUGUCAAGGAGCUUGAGGGCAAGAACGUUGAAGAGGUGAUCAAGGCUGGCAAGGCCAAGCUCGCCACUGUGUCGGUGGGCGCUGCGCCUGCUGCAGGUACUGCCACUUCUGGUGCCGCUCCUGCCAAGGUGGAGGAGAAGGUCGUUGAAGAGGAGGAAGAGGUCGAAAUGUCAGGUGGUAUGGACAUGUUCGGUGGAGACGAAGACUACUAG